AUGAAUAAUCAGAAGAAGUUGAUGCUAUUCUCUUAUUUUUGCGCCAUUUGGUAAAACAUUUGAAAUUAGUUUCGAAAUGCAUGCGAUUUUCUGUCGCAGGGUCGCCGUCGGUUGCUCUUCCCCGCAGCUAACCAAAUUGGUGACGAAGCAGGCGAGCCAGAGUCGCCAUUCCCUGAGCCAUCUUCUUCCUUUUGAUCUCUCUUCCCGCUUUGUUCCUCCUUAUGUUGUAUCACGAUCGGCGAGAGUUCAUGGAUUCUUCGCAGGGAAGUUGGGAAACACCAAUCUGAAGCUGAAAUUCGGAAAUGUUAUGGAAUCUAGAGCUGGGUUCUUCAGUUCUGAGCUUCCUAGUCAUGGAUUCGAGUCUGGUGGUUUUACUGGGUUUCAAAAACGUGGAUGGAAGUCUUGGAUUAAUGGAGCUAAUGGUGUAGUUUUUGGAUUGGUAAUAGCUAAUGCUGCUGUAUUUACAAUGUGGCGGGUUUUAGGCAAGGACAAUAUGUGGAUGGUGAAGAAUUUUAUGUUAUCAAGGUACAGUUUUAUGACUGGACGUAUACACACGCUGAUCACUUCGGGUUUCAGUCAUGUUGGAGCCACUCAUAUCAUCUUGAAUAUGAUGGGGCUUUGCUACUUCGGAGCCAGAAUUGCAAGAAGCUUUGGGCCGCGCUACCUUUUGAAGCUCUACUUUGCUGGAGCACUUGGUGGCUCUGUUUUCUUCUUGAGUAGUCAUGCUCUCUCGGUUAUAUCACUCAAGGGCCAAAGAGUUGUCCCUAAGGAUCAAUUAAAAGUCCCCAUUGGGAAGCUGGGUGCUAAUGGACCUGUGUAUGCCAUUACGCUUCUCGAUAUGCUCCUUUACCCAAAAGUUACUACAUACUUUGGGUUGAUGCUCCGAGUGCCUGUAUUUGCUGGAAUCUAUAGCUUAGGACUCAACAUUAUAAAGAUGCUAGAGGGGAAAAACAACAAUACCUUGACUAGUUUGGAUCAGUUGGGAGGAGUUGUAGUUGCAGUCAUUGCGUGGGCAAGGAUAAGGAAAGGUCGAUUCUGCUACUGAUUGAUUAUUUUACUUUCUCCAUCAAACCUUGGACUUGCUGCAAAAGAUUCAUAUAACUUGUCCCAUCAUUAUACUACUGGAGUACUGGUUAUGUUAAACUUUGUGACAAUGAGAUUAUUAUUAUUACUAUUUUUU